AUGGCGGCGGUGUCCCUCCACGCAUCCCCGCGCGCCACUGCCGAGGAGGAGCCCGCCGCCCACCGCGCGUUCCCGUGUGCCCACGACGAGGAUGAGGAGCCCGCCGCCCACCGCGAAAGGAAAAAACGGAGGCAGCGCAACAUUCCAGUGGCUUUGCAAUCUAAUUUGGGGCCGAACACACCAGGGUCUGCGACGCUGGCGAAGGCCGGCGGUCGGGAGGCGGCGGCGGAGGAGGAGGUCGUGUUGUGGAGGGAGGACGCGAGGAGGUUCGAGACGCCCGACGGCGAGGCCUACCUCCAGUACCGCCUCCUCGCCGCCGCCCAGCCGCGCUCCUCCUCCUCCGGCGACGGCGGCGGCGGCGGCGGCGCGACGACGCCGGCAGCGGUGAUGGAGAUGGCGCACACGUACGUGCCGGGGAGCAAGCGCGGGCGUGGGCUCGCGGCGCGGCUCUGCGACGCCGCCUUCGCCCACGCGCGGGAGCGCGGCAUGCGCGUCCUCCCCACCUGCUCCUACAUCUCCGAGACUUACCUCCCUCGCAACCCGGAGUGGAACGAGCUCGUGAUCACGGAGAAAGAACCCAAACCCAGCAGCAUGUAGAAGAAAUAUUCAUGCAACUCUGCUACAAAUUAGCCACCCUAAAUAAUCAGCUAUAUAUACAGCUCAUGGAAGUGUAUCUUCUCAUAAUGUCAUAAUGCCCCUUUCAAGCCAUAUACAACGCGGAUGAUACCGCUGGGAAUGUUCAUCUUCAGUACAAGUAUAUUUCAGAAUGUAUCCGAGGACCAAAUUCUCCUAAUCUGCAGUCCUGGCAAUGUAGAAAGAGCAGUCAUUACAUUACAUUAUAUUACAUGUGGUUCUCAUCUGUACUACAUAUCA